AUGCCAAUUUGUAAAAAUAUUACAACUACAUUCGAAAACGGUAUUGAUGGUUUAGUUGAUGAAGAUAAAUUUCUUGGUGACCCUGAAGAUGGUGACUGGAUAUAUAAUGGGUACGUUGAUAGUUAUGAUGAUUCUUUACUACUUGCAAUGCCAAAUCAAUCAUCUGGUACAGUUUUAUCUUCAUCACGUUACGUUUGGUUUGGUAAAAUUUCUGCAACUUUGAAGACUUCACAUUUACAAGGUGUUGUUACUGCUUUCAUUUUAUUUUCAAAUGCACAAGAUGAAAUUGAUUUUGAAUUUAUUGGAUCUGAGCUAACGACUGUUGAAUCAAAUUAUUACUAUCAAGCUGUUUUAAAUUAUUCAAAUGUCAGAAAUGCUACAACUUCAGAUACUUAUGAAAAUUACCAUACUUAUGAGGUUGAUUGGACUCCAGAAGAAUUAACUUGGUCUUUAAAUGGUGAAUCAUUCAGAACUUUGAAAAAGGAAGAUACAUGGAACUCCUCUACAAACUCAUAUCAUUAUCCACAAACACCUUCAAGGGUUCAAUUUUCUCUUUGGCCUGGGGGUGACUCUGAUAACAGCGUUGGUACCAUCGCUUGGGCUGGUGGUGCUAUUGAUUGGGAUGCAGAUGAUAUUAAAGACUACGGUUAUUACUAUAUGCUUCUGAAAAAUGUUAGUAUAGAGUGCUAUGAAGCUCCAGAAGAUACGUUGAUUGAAGGUGAUGUUUCAUACAUCUUCAACUCCUCAAGUAGUUUUGACCAGGAUGAUAUUGUUAUAAGUGAUGAGGAAACAGUAUUGGGAUCAGAUGAGGCUAGUGGACUGGAUCCAGAUGAAGGAAAGUCAUCGUCUUCAUCAGAUUCUGACUCUUCAACUAAAUCUGGAAGUACCAAAACCUCAAGUGGCUCAACAUCUACCUCUGGUAGUGAUAGUGAUAGUGAUGACAGUGACUCGGGUUCCAGUUCUACAACCUCUGGAUCAGGAGGAUGGAAUCAAUACGGUAGCAGUAGUAGUACUGAAGGAAGCUCAUCAAAUCUUGCUAAUAGUAUUGGUGGAUCUUCAUUUGUUUCAUUGUUGCUUUCCAUCAUGAUGAUUGCAACAGCUCUAUGA